CGCUUAACGGCUUAAGGGUCCGAGUUCAUAGUAAAUCGAGGCUCAAGGGCAUCAUAUCGUGCUUCUCUUCACGCUUCCUCCUUCAUCUUUCCUCAUUCCCCCAAAUUGAUUCGUGUCAUAUUCCAACCUUUCCAAAAAUUCAACUCAGUCACUCACCAGAUACUUGUCAAUUGUGGUGAUGGAUCGGUCAGAAAUGGUAGAGACGACGUCUUGUCAGAAUCCUAUUAACAAAGAUAGCGGUGUGGAAAUCACGUGCUUUUCAGAUGUACUAGAUGAGACACCUGUUCAUUUUCAGAUAAUGCGCUUCAAUAAACAGAUUUAUGCAUGGAUUGGCUGCAGCUCUGCUAAACUCGGGCAUCUUCAUGCUGCUGGCCCGACACGACCUAACAAUACCGUGAGCGUGACUUCAAUACUUGGGGGAACUUCUGAUAAUACUGGUGUUGGCAUUGCUCGUCGGUUAGUGCUUCGGACUGGGUUGAAUAUUAUAUUGGCUUGCAAUCUCCCAAAGAGUAACCCAUUGCUAGAGAUUGGUGCUGAGAAGAAGCUGCUAGAGAAGUUAACGAGUCUCGGAUACACAAAACCAAGAUCGAAUAAUCUUCCUCAAUGAUAAAAAGAUGGGUCUGCAUUUCUAGAGACCUCCUCUUAGAUGAAUAUUUAGUGUGUUGAAGUGUUCUAUGGUUAUUAACAUUGCAACGUUUUGAGGAUGCCGCGGUUGCAGAUGGAUGAAGCUACUGUGACUCUGUGAGGAUGCUAACUUGAUCGAUAUAACAAACACUAAUUGAUUAGUUGAUGCUGCUUGGAUUUACUUGGUGCUCCUGUGAGAUUUGUAAUUGAUUUGGAUUUUUUUAAUUAUAGAAAGAGAUUGAACUGAAUACAAAGUUGCUGUCAAUGGUCAGACAAUAUGACUAUUAUCAAUCUACUGAAUAUUGUAUGAAUACCGAAUUCGUCCAAUUUAAGUGUACAUCUACCAUGAUUUGGUUAUA